GUGUUGUAUUCUCCCACACACUGUGUCUGUGCCCAUUUCCUAGAAUGUCACCUGAAAUGAAAGUAAAGGGCAUUGCGCUUAAAAUUCGUUUAUUUCCAGAAUCGGCCCGCCGCGAGCCGCCACCGCCUCCCCGCCGCUGCAGCGAUGGAAGCUUGCUUAGUGAAGACGAACAAGGAAAUUCAAAUAGAUCGGUGGUCGAGGACUCUAGAAGUCGGUCUUAUUAUUUCAGGAGGUGUAAAAGGGUGAGGCCAACGAACAUAGAGUCCCUCCCCAGCGAGCUCUUAUCCGACAUCCUCGUGCGUCUGCCAGCUGAUCAUCUCUACGAUAGAGUAAGGCUUGUGUGCCGCAGGUGGUACCACAUUAUCCAUUCUUAUGAUUUUGUCAACACACAAAUUCAGCAUUCUACAUAUGGACUUCUUCUCUGCUGCAUUGGUGUGUGGGGCGGUCAUCAUCCAAUUCUCAUCACUGCAACACAAGGCGGCCGAAUUGAGACAUCUGAGUUCACUUACUUAGACAGAGGCAGAUUUCUAAACAGUUGCAAUGGUUUGUGCUUAGAGGUACACAGCAUUCAUAGAUAUCCAUACAUUAUAAAUCCUGCAACAAAGCAAGCAUUCAUGAUCCCUACAAUACCUAACGCUGUAACACAUGCUAGGCGAUUUGGUAUGGCAUUUGCUCCACGUUCCAUGAAGUAUAAAUUGACUACAUUGUAUCGGAGGUUCAAGCAGCGUCAUCUCGCCAUACUGACUUUUGGAGUCGAUAAGUCUUGGAGAGAUGUUGCGCUUGACAGUUUUCGUGAAAGGAAUCAAGUGUUUAAUAUUUUGUCUAAUUCUCCGUUGGUUACAGAAGGUUUCAUACAUUGGACGUGUAGAUAUCGGGGAAUCGUUUUGACAUUGGAUAUUGAGACUGAGAUCCUUACGAAGAGUAUAAUCCCUUCUUUUUCUUUGGGGGAACAUAAUGUGUAUUAUCUGUCAACGGGGAGGUUCGUAUCAGCGAUGAUUGGCAAUGGAGAUUUCACGUGGUAUGUUUGGGGGAUGAAAUCAGAAAGCGGUGAAUGGAGGAAGCUGCUUCCCGCCAUUAGGUUGGGAUCUCAAAAGCGGUGGCUUCAACAGUUUGCUUCAACACGUGUAUAUCAAGUCUUGGAGCCAUUUGGUUGGGUUAAAUACCCUGAGGUUCUGGCCUUUCGUUUUAGUGGUGGGAGUCACACUUGUAUUUUCUACAAUCUUGAUACGCAUGAAAUCAACGCGACUGAAUUUCCAUACUCCGCUGCAUACAUUGGGUUUGUGCAUAAGAAUAGCCUGGAAUGGUUAAGUUAAGAUUAGAUUAUUUGGUAUAGAAUGUUGCAAAUGCAUUCAGAUGAAUACUCUGUCCAUGGUACAUUGGGUUUCUUCAUAAGAAUAGCCUGUUAUGGUUAAGUUAAGAUUAAGAUUAGAUUAUUUGGUGUAGAAUGUUUCAUAGUCAUGUUGGCUUUUCCUAGUAUGCUCAAAUAUGUGUAUUUGAGAGAUUUUUUAUUUGUGAAACAGUUGUGCUACUAGCUUAGAGUUUAAACCGUUUUCAAGGAUGAUUCAACUUUUUAUGAGAUGGAUUGUUUUAGGAUCAUGGUUCAAA